AUGAGCCCCAGUCCAGGACCAUGUCCCUACUUCUUUGAGACACUUGAUGGACCCCUGCCCCGGGGUGACGCCCCGGAUGCUGUGAAGUUGGAUCCUACCCCAGCACUCUCACUGUUUGGGACAGUGCCCCUGGGGAGCGGCAAGACCAAGAGAGGGAUGCCACUAGCCAGGUGCCCCCAGGACGAGGGCCCCGAGGCAGCAUCAGGUGCCCUGCACAGGUCCACGGGCUUCCAGAACCUCGUGCAGAAAGAGCUGGCCCAAGAGUCGGGUACGGCUCAGAAUCCUCAGAUUUUCCAACUUUACUCCCUGAUUAAGGAAGAGACACCACAAGCGGCAGGCGUCCCAGACAGGGAACAGGAACUAGCUCCAUCUACCCCAAGCGCUGCGGUGCAGUCCCCGCCAAAUGCGGAGGCUCAGCCCGUCGUGAGCACAGCCGAUGCCAAUGACCAGCUUGACACUCGGGCUGCUGACACUGCUGAAGCUGUUGAGGAGAAACCCGAGGGUCAGGAGGCCUUAAACCCUGGCACUGAUGCUUUGCCAUCAGCCCCUGCCUCGCCGGGCCCCGGAGUGGCAGCCGUGGAGAGGAGGCCCCUGGACUCCACGGCCAGUGAGAACAACUACAUGUGCUCCAUGACCAGCUUGCUGGGCGGGGGUGAGGGGUCCAUCAGCUCCCUGGCAGACAUCCUGGUGUGGUCUGAUACUGCCAUGGGCAUGGCCACGGGCACCCUGGCCUCCGGCCACGGCUCCGUGACAGACCUGCUGCACAACACGGGGCCCAGCCUGCACUCCAUCUCCAGCAUCCUGGGGAGUGCCAGCUCUGCCUCAUCCUCCGGGCGCAGUGGGGACCAGUCGGCCCUGCACUCCGUCACCCACAUGCUGGAACCGGUGGCGCGGAGGACCGUAGAGGGCAUCCUCUCGGCCAUCCACCUCGCCCCACGCCAGGCCCAGGCCGGCCCCAACUUGGACGAGGCCCCGCGCUCGGCAGCCUCCCGAGACCCCGGGAGCACACAUAACAAAUAA